GAAGAAGAGCAUUGUGCUUGCGCCGGGAAAGAGGCGACGCGCUACAUGUCUGCUUUGACAUAAUCUAAACUAAAGGAUAAAGGAAAAUUCAAGAGUUAUCAAGACACCAGUUUCAUUAUUAUGCGGGAGCAACACACAGGACAGCCAGAGAGAAAACAAGGAUUGUGGACGGAAUUUUACAGACGCAACACGUACGUUUGAGAAAGCAUUUUUAAAACAUUUAAAAACCGAAACCUUAAAAGAAUCCCGUGGAAUUAGUCAUGUCUCGCCGGAGAAGCCACAGCUCGUCUCCAGGAAACUUCUCCCGUUCCUGCAGCAGUAAAGAUCCCAGAGAUAUGGAGAGGAGGAUUUUUGUUGGGAACCUGCCAACAUCGGACAUGGAGAAAAAGGACUUGGAAGACAUUUUCAGCCAAUAUGGAAAAAUAAUCGGGGUGUCCAUGUUCCGUGGGUUUGGAUUUGUGCAAUUUGAACGUGUAGAGGAAGCGGAAGCUGCAAAGGCGGGCCAUAAAGGUCGAAUAUUUAAAGGUUAUAAAAUAGAUGUAAAUAUGGCCGUGGAGGGACGUCAACCUAAACCGCAAUCCCGGCCGAGCCCUCCACGAAGAGGCCCGUACGGAGGUUACGUAGACGGCAGGGACAGCCGCCCACGCUCUCGCUCUCCCAUAUACGGACGAGACGCCCGAGAACCCCGGGACAGCAGAGAAGCACGGGAGCCCAGGCCUGGGGGUCCCCCACGGGACCACGAUGACCGCUACCGGGGCUCCGAGAGCCGCGAGAAGGACCCAAGAAGCGACCAUAGGGCAGACCCCAGGGGAGACCCGAGAGGAGACCCCAGGGGAGACCCCAGGGGAGACCCCAGGGGAGACCCCAGAGGAGACCCCAGAGGAGAUCCCAGAGGAGACCCUUCAUUCAGGGAGGAGUAUGACCGAUACUACCGCGCUGCAGCUGCCCCCGACGACUUCUACCGCAAGAAGGAAGAUCCCUACAGAGACUCGUUCAGAGACCCGUGGAACGGACGGCGAGACCCAGAGAGUGAGCGCGGGCGCCCAGAGGACCUGCGGCGUAACGAGCUGUACCGCCAGUACUUUGAGGAGCUGCAGCGGCGCUACGACACGGAGCGGCCCGUCGACUGCUCCGUCAUCGUCGUCAACAAAGUGCAGAAUUUGCAACCCAACUGUAGGGAGUAUGCCGAGACGGUGGGCAGGAAGGUGCGGGACCUGGGCAUGGUGGUUGACCUCAUCUUCCUGAACACGGAGGUGUCCCUGACGCAGGCUCUGGAGGACGUGGGGCGCGCCCGCACGCCCUUCGCCAUCAUCAUCACCCAGCAGCACCAGGUGCAUCGCUCCUGCACCGUCAACAUCCUGUUUGGCACCCCUCAAGAACACCGCAACAUGCCCAUGCAGGACGCCAUGGUGCUGGUGGCGCACAACUACGACACCUACAAGGUGGAGAACCGCGAGAAGGAGCGCGAGGAGAUUGCCAGGAAGGCCGCCAAAAUGGCAGAUGACGUUCUGGUCCGAGAGGCGGACCGAGAGGCCCACCCCGUGUCCCUGCUGACCGCCAUCACGCUGCUCUCCGAGAACAGGUUUGUGACGCCAGAGGAGUUGGACAGUCUAAUCGCUUACUUGAAGGACAAGAGGCUGCGCUUGGUGCGACCCAGUGCAGACCCACAUGCAGCUGCUAUCCACCCGGCUGCUGCGGCCCCCCACGCGGCCCCGGCCCCCCACGCCCACCCGGUCCACGCCCCCGUCCAGCAGAGCCACGGCGGCCUGCCGCCCCCCUCGGCCCCCCAGCCCAGCGCCAACCCCAACCAGCAGGAGCUGCAGGCCAAGAUCCUCAGCCUGUUCAACAGCGGCGCCGGGGGGGCCCUGCCCUCCUCCGCCCUGCCGGCCGGCGGCCCCAACAUGGCCCCCCAGCCUCAGCCGUACGGCUCCAUGGGCCCCCAGCACGGCCCGCCCAGCAUGUCCCACCCCUCGGCCGGCCUGCCCGCUCCCUCCCAGAACCCCCAGAUGCUGGGAGGAGGCCGGUCCUCCAUGCCCCUCGCGGGGCCCCCUCCGCCCGCCGGGGCCUCCGGCUACGGCAUGCCCCUGGGCCGGGGCCCCGCCCCUCCGCUGAGCCAGCGGCCCCCCAGCUCCGCCUCGGGCAUCAACUUCGACAGCCCCAGCGUCCAGAAGGCGCUGGACACUCUGAUCCAGAGCGGGCCGUCACUCAACCACCUUGUGAGCCCGCAGCAGCAGCAGCAGCAGGCCCCGGCCCCUAGGGGCCCGCCGGGCAUGGGCCAGCCACCCCCCAUGUCCAUGUACCCCCGCCAUUACUGAGGGCCACACAGCCAAUCAGGUCUCUUCUGACUGAUCUUGUGGGGGGACGCAAGAAGUACAACCUUGAUCGUUUGAUUCACCAGCUGUGUGUAGACCAUGUUUUUCCUACGUGUAAAUGCUUUUAAGUUUUGAGUUUUGUUUAGCUCAGUUCAUUUGUUGGAGCCUGUGUAGUUGUGAGAGCUCAUUCAAACCCGUUUCCUGUGUUUUCAACUAUUGACGCUGCAUUGCAUGUGUACAGAAGAUGUGAGAAGGGACCCUGAGUUGUUUUCAAACCAUUAACCGUAGUCGGUGCUGUAAUUUUUGUUGCAUCUUGGAAUAUUAUUUUUCUCCAGAUAUUGUCCAAAACAUGAUUGAUGACUCAAACACAAUUAGUGUAAUAAAAUGGUAUUGGUUUAUUGCAUUUUGUGCUGACAAAUCUAUAAAAUGGAACGGUAUCGCCAGAAGCCAUAGAGAUAUAGAAGCAUUUGAAAUGUAAGAUAAAACUACUUUUUUCCUUUUUUUUUAUGUACCAUGAAACACAAUAGAGAAUACACUUUUUUUUUAAUUAGAAUAUUUAACUUACACUGACACAAAAAAUAAACACCUCCACAUUAACUGUACUUGAUUUAUUUACACAAACCCCCACCCAACCAGUCACACCCCCCCCUAGCAGAUACGAGUGCACAUGUACACAUACACCCCCACAGAACUGAAAGGAAACAACUACAUCUUUUACCCUAAGACUAGGUACACAAUCCAGGAGGGUUAAUGAAAGGUUUGGAAUGAAAAAAAAUUGUCAUAUUCAUAUAUGCGUUUCUAUAGUUGUGUUUGUUAUAAUAUAUAUAUAUAAUCAACCCUACAUCCAUCUCAACCGUUUGUACAAAAUUGUACCCCAAACUCCAGUGAAUUAAAGACAAACCCUAAGUUUCUGGAUCCCAGGAAAGCAAGACUUUUUUUUUCAGAAUCAUUUAAGAAUGACUAAUGGUGUCUUUUUAGAUUAAUACAAGAUUUUAGUGAUUUGCUGUUCAUUAGAAUUUUUAGGUAAACCUUAACUAAUCUGCAACACCCGUCUGUAGAUUAAUUUCAGUGUGGGUUUUUCUAUAUAAAGAAAAGGGUUUUAACAUCAAAAUAUUCUGGCAUGCCUUUUAAACUAGCGUUCCUCAGAGUUUGUAUUAAUUCAUCAGAGUACUUCAUCGGAGCACACAUCACUUAUGUAGGUAAUUGAAAUAUACUUUGGUAAUGUAUCUGCAGAUAUAUCUAUAUAUAUAUAAUUUGACACAAACGACACUUAAUGUGAAAUAAUUCAACAAAUCUACCAAAAAAUAGAAUCUUGUACUGUAACUUAGGCUCUAUUCAUUCAUCUUGGAUACACAUGGCCAGUCAAAAAGAAAAAGGUAGCAAACGAUUCAUACUACUGAAAAAGAAAACUCCAAAAAAACAUUACAAACAAAAUACUUUGGAUACAACAAACACUCAAUAUAUUAUCAAUACUACAGUUUGUUGAGGGUAUUCUGCAUGCAUGCAUUAAGUUACACAACAUAACUGGACUGGGGCUCUGCUUGGGCCAAACCGGGAACAGCCUCUGAGUGUUAUUCACAUCUGGAUCAAUAACUAAAAUAAAACCAGCCGCUGAUCAGCCUUACAAUAACUGCUUUAGCGCAGAUAUUGAUGGGGAAAAGAAAGGGAGUUCAUAAAUGAAUCAGGCCUAGCUCUAAAAGCAGGAUUGUGGGACUGUUCAGAUUGUAGGGUUUGUUUGUGUAUUCUCUUUAGUUUGACAUCCUUUCACCGUUAACAGAUGUAUUGCAGAGCCCUUUAUAUCCAUUGGAGGAUGGAGUCUUGGUCAGAUCACCGGCAGGUAAGUCUCAUGCUACAGUAGUGCAGGUGAAGAUCUGUGUUCAUGGAUCAAAUGGGGACUAGAAGCUGACUGUUUCUGUGUUGUUUUAAUCUGCUUGUGGUCCAAGCAGAGCCAGUACCAGAAUUGGAAGCGCUUGUUUUAUAUUCUUUGAUAAUUUUUUCUGAAUUAUACUGCAAUCACAUAUAAGUACAGAUGUGGGAGGGGUUAUGAGUGGAAUGGGAGGAGGCUAUGGGUGUGGGCCGAUGGUUGGGGCUGGGUGUGGGUUUUUGGGGAGCCUCAUCAAACAAAUUGAGUAACAAGCAUUAAGAAAUGAACAAUUAACCAUGAUAUAUAUAUUUUUUUGAUUUGUCACGAAAAAUAAUCAAAUAUGAUGCAUUCCAAGGUGUCCUCGACUAAAAAUAAAUCAUAAAAUGGAAACAAAAAAGCAACAGGUAGGUAGUUUCAUUACAGUUUAUAACUGCAGCAAAAUAACUAAUUAAGUUUAUAUGUCAGGUACAUUUGACUUGAUGGCAGGCGACAACACGUCUCUCUGCCACCAGAUGUCCCCGUGGGGUGGUUUUGAGAGAGACGUUUUGUUCCCUGUUCAUCUGAUUUAGUAGUUUAAAGUGCUUUGUUGUCUCUGCCAAAAUUUGGGUAAACACUUUAUCCUUAACGGUGUGUAACAUAUGGUGACAAUCAUUCUGAUGUAAGAACUCACUGCUGACUGAGUUGCUAAAGAAAAUACAAAACAAAGGUACAAGAACAAAAUUGCACAUAAUACAAAACUCUCAAGACUUUUUCCACAGUGAUAGAACAGUGCACAACAAAAGACAACACCAUAGUAGGUUAAAGUGUCUUUGACUGCAGUGAUAUAUAGGCUAUAUUUACAAAAGUUGAAAUGAAAAGUGAAAUGUUAUCUCUCAGCCCAUUCAUAUACUUAACUCAAAGUCUGCUUUGAUAUUACAUAACACUACUUGAGCAAGAUCGAAAUAGGACAUGGAACAAUAAAGUAAACUCAUUUAUUUUUCUGAAAUAUAUUUUUUUUAGCAAAAGACUCGUUUUCAAGGUCUAGCCAUUUUCCCACGGGGGGAAACUCUCCACUGAGGUAACAUUUCAUGUGCCUCUGACCUCUUAGUCUCCCGCCUUAAUCACAUCAUAACUCUGUAGAAACCACUAAAACAAAUAUUGCCACAUAAGACCAUGCAAACAGUAAUUAUAAAACACAUUUUUAACUCAAUAAAUAAGUUAUUCUUCUUCAAUAAACAUACUUUUCUUGCCCCCCAACAUUAUCUUAAGCGUGGAGAGGUUUAAAAAGGCUCAGUUGAUGCAGGCAAUGUUCUGGUUGAAUAUAUAAUAGCCAUGUUAUUUGAAACGAGGACCCCAGCGCUGACCUAAUACAAGUGCUAUCAUCGCAUUUAAAGGUGACAGGAAAAUCUAUUGAGUGGGAGGGGGAACGCUUGAUGAUGAAUGUUAUCGUCUAAUCAUGUGGUGGGGAUACAUUUUCUAUAUAUCUGUAACCGGCAAGCAAUUUGAAUAAAUGCAACACAAUCUGUUUCUGGAUCAAGUUGGUUGUACUUUUUCUGUUCAAAUUGAUGAUCCAUUUUGCUCUCCCUGGAUCCUCAACCUUUAGAAGGCUACUGAACACCUCCCAGGUACAGUCGCACACACGAGCUGUACCACUGCUCUGAUUGGUUCAAAUUAGGAGAUUUUGAUGACCAAUGCUCAAACAGAGGGGACGCCAUCCACAGGGAUUGAGUUUAGCGUUUUUGUUGCCCCCUAUUGACGGGAUUAAUUGAGAGA